AUGGGAUGUCAAAAGGAAACGGAGCCUGCUUUCACCCCAACCGAGAGGGGAGGCGCUGCUGACUGCGCCAACAUGGACGCACAGUCAGACGAAGCGAGGAGAAAACGACGAGAAUCAAUCAUAGCCUGCCAACCCUUCACCAGACGGGCUUUGGUACGAAGUCGAUUCAAUUUGGCCUCGAGGUUCAGCGAUCCUGGAGGCGAUCUGGUUCGAAACUGGUACGCCCGGACGGGUGCGAUGUGA